AUGAUUUAUUAAUUAAAGACACUAAUAUUUUUUUUAAUUAAUAAAUGCUAUCAACCCAUAAUUUUUAUCAUUCAAAUUAGGAGCAUUAUAAAGAGAUAUCAAAUUAAACAUGAUGUAUAAAACGCAUGGAAAGAGGUUUGUAGUUAACCCUACUGA